AUGCCUGAAGCAGCUCAACUUCCAUCAGUGACUCACCUAACCAAAAAUAAAGCCAAUGACUUGAAGAACUUCACAUCAUAUAUUGAAAAUGAAUCAGAGUCAGUUAAAGAGUUCUAUUCAAAUGUUGUCAGAGGAAGUGCUAAUUAUACUGAAGACAAAGUUCUGCACGAAAUACUGCAGCAUAAGAUGGAGUCGAAUAGUAACAAGCAAGACGAAAACAUUACAAGGUCGGACCCAGAAUUAGGGACCAUAGAUACUGUUGUAGGGUUGGAAAAUCCUAUAGAUGAAUCCACACCCACAAAACAGGAGGAACGGGAAGUGAAACCAAAGGUAGUGAAAAGUGAACCCAAUGUAUCUGUGGAUGCAAGUCACAAGGGAGAGGAUAUGGAAUUAACAAGUUUGUUAAACAGUAUGAUGGCGCAAAUUCGAGAAGGGAAUGCUAGUUUGAAAGCAGAAAUGGCUAGUCAUAUAUCCCAACUGGAUGAAAACCUAUCUGGUAAAAUAAAAGCCAAUUUAGAUAUUUUGAAUACGCAAAGCCAACGUAUCACAGAGGUAAACAAAUCAGUAAAUAGCAUUAGGGCUGAAAUAACAAAUGUUCAGGGAAAAGCCACAGAAAUAGAGAAAAGAUUUGAUACCGAAAUUCAGAGAAUAGAGAAAUCAGUGGAACCUUUGGUUAGUGAAAAAUUACAACCGAUAAUUGAAAGUAAAUUACAGGUGAUAGUACCAGUUGUAAAGAAAGAGAUUGUUAAAGAAACGGCAGCUGAUAUUGAAACACUGCACAAUACCAUGUUGAGUUUUGAUGCAUGUGUGCAGGAGCAGGAAAAUACACUGCGUAAUGAGAUAAAAUUGUUAAGUCAGCAAGUUCAGAAUCAGACGUUUCUUAACUGUAGUGGUAUCCCAUUGGUCAAGGGCCUAACGCGCGCGGAAAGAAAGAAAUGGCCCAAAUAUAGGGAAGAUCGGAGUAGUCAGUACUAUAGUAGGAUAGUGCGUCGUUCGCCUGAAGAGCAGUUACAUAAACGAAACUUUGCGAAGUAUAAUGCAGGGAUACAAACAGAGGAGAGAGAGCAGGGAGGAAUUAUUAAGGGAAAUGAAGUAGGAAAAGAAUAUCGGUCGGAUGUGAAGGCUCACGUGAAUGGAAUAAGUACAAUUCGAGGUCAGAGUGAUGAAUUGAUGAAGGAAGAGUCAGAGAAGGCGUUGUUUGUCGGUAGGGAUGGCAACUGUGCAGAGAGGCAGGGGCAAGGUAGGAGUGAUGUGACUUAUGGUAAAAGGUUCGUACGAAUAGUCGACGAAUCGCAUCGAGAAGUAAUUAAAGAGGAAAGGGUGAAUAAGAAAAAGGGGCAUAGUGCAGAGACGCAUGCCGAUUCAGAAAUUACCUCGUAUGCAGAAUAUGUACAUCAGCUCAAAAGCCAGCCAGCACAAUUAGAAAGAUCUUCCACUCAAGUGAUUAAUUUGGACCCGAAUAUGACAGUGUUAGAGAGCCAUACCGAUUAUGAUGUGUACCUAGUGACAGCAAGAGUACAUGACUGUGAUGAAGAUUCUUUUAAAGAAAUUAGAGAAAGUGUAUCUAACCAAGAGAAAGAGUGUUGUGAUCCCUGUAGUACUGAAGCAAAUGAGUUGAGUGAGACUGGAAUUCCAUUAGUAGGGGAAAAUAAUGAAAGUAAGAGUGGCGAAUGCACUAUCCAACAAAGGGAAAGUAGAGAAAUGGAUUAUAAUUUGCGAGAAUUAUUUGAACCCGAAGAAGGUAAUAUUUCUAAGGAGGAGGAAUUAUCGUCAGAAUCAUCAGAAAGCAUCCAGGGAGAAAAAGAAGUAGAGGAAGUUUCCGAUCCCGCAACCGAGAGUUCAGGCAUGACAGAUUCGAAUGAGAACGAGAUGGCAUUAAAGAGCCUAGACGAAGGACUAUUGGAAAAAGUGGUGAAAGAAUUUAGGAUGAAAAGGAGAAAGAAACCUCCAGAUGGAAUGCAUCCCAACAUACAAAGGGACUUGGAGCUGACACUCAUUGAAGUAAGUGAUGAAAACACAAUUGUAAUACAAAUUUCACUCACCAAAUGGAUAUUUUGA